UUCUUUUUUUUUUUCUUUCUUGUUCAAAAAAUAAUAAUAUAUUCAAAAAAAAUGCUUAAUAAUUGUUGUUUCUGUAUUAACCUUCGAACAGCUACAUUAGUCUUGGCAGUUUUGGGAGCCGUGACUCAUCUCUACGGAGCCAUGACUUUAACUGCUUUAUCCGACGAGUUUGAUGAAGCAGAUACCAGUGCUAUGUUUGGUUUAACAGCUUAUUCUUAUCUUUCUGGAUUUGCUUGUUUAGCUGGUGCCAUUGGUGUUUUAAAGAACAACGUUAAACACCUUCGUUUCUUCUCUACUUUUUACUGGGCAGAUUUAGGGUUACACACCAUGUUUUCUAUUGCUAGUGCAUUUAUGCUUUUCAGUCUUCACACGGAUAUCUGUAACGAAAUUGUCAGUGAAGCUAAGGAUGAAGAAUUCGAUAUGAGCACUUGUGAGAGUGUGUAUAUUUCUAGUGCAUGGAUCGUCACAUUAGCCAUGGCCAUUAAUAUGCUGUUGAAGCUUCAUUUCGCCUUCGCCAUUCAUUCUUACACAAAGGCUGUUCAACAAAAGAGCCAAGAUGAGGAAUUCACCGGUGCAGUUGUCGUCGCACCUUAUCCUGUUGCUACCCCUCCCGUUACUAAAGAUGUCAAGGAUCAACCUAUUUACGUUGCUGGUCAAGAAUACGUCUCUGAUGAAAAGAAACAACAAGAACAACAACAACAAUAAUUUUACUCCUUCUCUCUCUUUUUUUUUUAUAUACAUAAAAGGAUAGCUACCCCCACUCCUUCUUUUUCUUCACAGUUUUUGUAUGAUUUUAAAAAAUAACAACAAUAAAUAUAAUGUCUCUCUUUGUCAAUUUA